UUUGAGUUUUGAGAAUGUUAUUUGUUUUGUUGUAAUUUUUUUAAACGUAUUAUCUGGUAUUUAUUAUCUUAUAAUCUAUUUUUGAGAAAUAAUUUUUGAUUUAAAUUUAUAAAUUCUAACAUCCUGUUCUGAAGAUGUUCAAAAACGUUAAUACCUAGUAAUAAACUAUACUACUAUACUUCCUGCUUUUUAAUUCUAUAAUAGCAGUAUAAUAAUUUAAUAGCUCUUAAUAAUUUAAUAUGCACGUUACCUUUACUAGUAUAUAGAUAUUUAGAUAAAGUUAUAUCUGGUACAUUACAAUUAGAAAGUAAAUAUGAGUCGGGGUAGGAAGCGACAUGCUAGUUAUUCCCAACUUAAUUUCACCCCUAAAAAGUUAGAUUCUGGAAAGAUGAGUGCCGUUUGUAAUGUAUGCCAAAGAAGUUUAAAAAACACUUCAAUUGAGAGGCUUUAUGGCCACCGAAAAAUUUGUAUGCAAGAGGGUCAGGAAUAUACAUUUCCAAAAGCAACUGAAAUGCAUGAUGAAAAUGUCUCAGAUACCAACAAACAAGAUAUCUGGGAUAAUUCUGAUUCAGACAGUUCUGAAUUUGAAGAAUCAAACAGCUUUAAAUGCAUUAAGUUAGAGAAAAAUAUUGUAAUUAAUAAUCGGGGUCGAAAGCGUCAUUCCCUUUACUCACAACUCAAUUUUACCCCCAAAAAGUUAGACUCUGGAAGGAUGUCUGCUGUUUGCAAUGUGUGCAAUAGAUCUUUAAAAAACACAUCAAUAGAGAGGCUGCGGGUUCACAGGAAUCUUUGUAUGCAACAGGAUUCAGAUGAUACUGUUGAAAAAACCGAACUAGAUCUAUCUACAAAAAAUAAUAUUUCAAGUAUGAAUCGAGGCAGAAAAUGCCAUACACUUUAUCUGGAAUACAAGUUCACCCCUAAAAAGUUAGAAUCUGGAAAAAUGUCUGCUGUUUGCCAUAUAUGUAGGAGAUGUUUAAAAAACACUUCAAUAGAAAGACUCCGUACUCACAGAAAACAUUGUAUAGGAAAGGAUGGAGAUAGUUUUGAAACGAACAAAGAUAUGGAGGGAGACAUAUUUAAAAAAGAGGAAUCAGAUAAUUCUGACUCUGAAGAUACAAAAUCUUUAAUGGAUAUUAAAAAUAAUGAUUUGUGGGAAUCAUUAGAUCAUAAAUUAGAACGUGAUAACGCUAGUUCUGAUGAAGAAGAUCCUACAUACGAUCCUUCGACUUCUAAAACUUCGUCAGUCCACUCUUUAGUUGACAAAAGACCACUUAAGAGACAUAAAAAAAUAUUUAAGUUUAGAAAACAAAAAAAAAAUUGUAUAGGAAAGGAUGGAGAUAGUUUUGAAAUGAACAAAGAUAUGGAGGGAGACCUAUUUAAAAAAGAAGAAUCAGAUAAUUCUAACUCUGAAGACACAAAAACUUUAAUGGAUACUAAAAUGAACGAGAAUAAUGAUGUCUGGGAAUCAUUAGAUGACAACCUAGAACGUGAUAACGCUAGUUCUGAUGAAGAAGAUCCUACAUACGAUCCUUCGACUUCUAAAACUUCGUCAGUCCACUCUUUAGUUGACAAAAGACCACUUAAGAGACAUAAAAAAAUAUUUAAUAAUUUUAGAAAACAUUGUAUAGGAAAGGAUGGAGAUAGUUUUGAAAUGAACAAAGAUAUGGAGGGAGACCUAUUUAACAAAGAAGAAUCAGAUAAUUCUAACUCUGAAGACACAAAAACUUUAAUGGAUACUAAAAUGAACGAGAAUAAUGAUUUCUGGGAAUCAUUAGAUGACAACCUAGAACGUGAUAACGCUAGUUCUGAUGAAGAAGAUCCUAUAUACGAUCCUUCAACUUCUAAAACUUCGUCACUCCACUCUUUAGUUGACAAAAGACCACUUAAGAGACAUAAAAAAUACUUGUUUGAUUCGGCGAAAUCACAAGUUAAAUCCAAACAAGACAUUAGCUUAGCAAAAUUCUUUUAUGGUUGUAAAAUACCUUUUGCCGUUGUUGAAAGUGUCCACUUUAUAAAGUUUUUGAAGCUUCUCUGUCCCACUUACACACCACCGACACGAUCAUUUCUGUCUAAUACGUCACUAAAUGAAUUAAAUACAAAAUUAAAGAACAGCAGUACAUAUGAGUCAUCAAACACAAAAGACGUUGUUACUAUGUUACAUUGUAUUGGAACAUCAGGUGUCUUUUUAAAAUGCCAUGAAUUUUCUACACUUAGAGAAACUGGUGAAACUCUAGAAAAUAUAUGUGAAAAGUCCAUUUCUGAUGUUAAAUUACAGUACAAUUGUGAGAUUUAUGCCAUAAUUUGUGAUAAUGCUGAUAUGAUUAAAAUGAAAUGUCUUAGUAAUCUCUGGAAUGUUCCUUGUAUAAAUAAAACAUCUAACUUAUGGGCUAAAGAUAUAGCAGAUACUAAUGUAUUUAAUGAAGUUAUUCAGAUAUUAAAAGAAUUCCAAAGCCCAGAUUUGGAAAAUUCAGUUCUGAGUAAGGGAGGAUCUAAGUUAAUUUUACCAACUGAAACUCAGGUAUUUAGCCAACGCGAUGCUUGUAAAUCGUUUCUUAGUAAUUUAAAUUUCAUGAUUAAAGUGGUUGAUGAUGGCUACGACAAGAUUGAACAUAGCACUAGUCAAAAUCUAAACAAUGAAAGAUUUUUAGGGGAUGUUCAAAUUAUUAUGGAUCUAUUAGAUCCUCUUUGUGAACUAAUAGAUAAAUGCCAGAACGAGGAAUUUUUAAUUGCCGAUGCUACGGAAGAAUGGUUUAAAUUAGAACUGCAAAUUUCGCGGUUUUUAAAAUUAAAAAGCCCAAAAGAACUGGAUAUUAAAAACAAAGUUAAUAUGACUCUUACUAUAUAUGGGCUGGCAGCUAAUUUGUUCCAUCCAAGUUAUAGAGGAAAAUUAAUUAGUAAGAAUCAAUUAAAAGACGUACAAGAUUUUAUUAUUGACUCGUUAGAUUCGGAAAGUUUGAAUGGAUAUAAUGAAUUUCUGAAAGAGACUGGCAUCUUUAAUAACCUUAAAAAGAAAGAUGUUACAAAACCGCUAACAUACUGGGGAUUGGUGGAAAUAAAAUAUCCUUCAUUAUCCGCGUUGGCAUUAAAACUUCUAAAAAUACCCGCUUCUUUCGCUCAGCUUGAAAAAAUGCUGUUAAAAAACGGACUGUCGUUGGAAAAAUGCGAAAAACUAAUGUUUCUUUACCAUUCAUAAUUAAAUGGCGUCAUAAUGUAAAAAUAGGUAAACUAUAAAUUAAAUAUGUAUUAAAAAUUAUUAGUUAGUAGGUAUUAAUUAAGCAUUUUUA